AUGUCUAAUUUUAAAGAGUUGUGUAAAAUCAAGACCGAAUUUGGAGGAAUUGAAGUAACCAAAUUGAAAUCCAGCAAAACUGGAUUAUCGGUUGUGUUGGUUGAUGUCGAAGCUCCACUUGUCAAUGGAUUUUUUACCGUUGUUACCGAAGCUGUUGACGAUAACGGGUGUCCUCAUACUUUAGAACAUUUGGUUUUUUUGGGUAGCGAGUUGUAUCCAUACAAGGGAGUCUUGGACUCAUUAGCGAACCGCGCGCUCGCUCGAGGAACGAACGCGUGGACGGCGGUUGAUCACACGUGUUACACGAUCACGACCGCUGGAAGCGAAGGUUUCUUGAAUCUGCUGCCAAUAUAUGUGGAUCAUAUUUUAUAUCCUACUUUAACCGAGAGUGGUCAUUAUACCGAGGUUCACCAUAUAAAUGGAAAAGGCGAAGAUGCUGGUAUGGGAUUUUGGUUAUUGCGUAGGGGUAUAAACGCGACUUUUAUCUCGAUUAUGAUUUUGCGUUGGAUGUUUAAUAAUAUCAGCGAUCAUUUAUUUUUACAGGUUGUCUACAGUGAAAUGCAGGGUCGUCAGAAUUCUAGUGAAAGUUGCGUCUCGUUACGAUAUCAGCGACUGAUGUAUCCUGAAGGCUGUGGAUAUCGUAGCGAAACGGGAGGAUUGAUGGAGGCUCUUCGAAAGCUUAAUGUCGAGACAAUUCGUAAAUACCACUCGGACUACUAUAGACCUGAUAAUCUUUGUCUGAUUAUCACUGGAAAAGUUGAUUUUAAUGCGUUAUUAAAAGUUCUUGAACCGCUAGAUGAAAGGAUUGCCUCGAAGGGAGCAUUGCCUUCUCAUAAAAGGCCAUUCGUAGACUCACCACCAGUUCCACCGUUAGAAAAGUCCAUACGAGAGGUAGUUGAAUUCCCUGACGAGGAUGAGAGUAUGGGUGAAGUGCUAAUUGCUUGGUUUGGACCUUACAUUCAUGUAAGAAUUUUCUAUGAUUUGCUGCAUCGGAAAGUUUGGUUAUUAAAUUUUAAAUUUGUUAUAGGAAUACCUGGACAUCCGUAUCUUACUGAUUCGGCUGUGUCAGUGUUACAAAAAGAGUUUGUGGAAAUUGAGGAUCCGUUGUGUACAGACAUUGAUAUGUCAAUUGACGAACAAACUCGAACCGCCAUUUUGGCUACAUUCGAAAAUGUACCUGCCGAAGAUCUAGAAGAGUUGGUUGACGGAGUUUUUGAAGUGCUCAAUAGGAUUGUGAACGAAGAUGGAAUUGAUAUGGAGCGUAUGAGAAUCGUUAUACAGAGGGAUCGGUUAAAGACCUUAAAUGAAAUUGAAAAUGAUCCACAUUAUACUUAUUCCGAAGCCUGCAUUAUUGAUCAUUUGUACGGAAAAGAGAAUUGUGAAGAUCUUGAGAGAGCUGUCAAAGAUCUGCGAUAUUACGAUGAGAUUUUGAAUUUUAGUGAAGAGCGAUGGAUCGAGUAUCUGAAAAAGUAUUAUGUUGACAAACCUCACGUUGCCAUACUCGGUCACCCUUCGUCGGAAUUCGCCAAGAAACUUUCCGCCGAUGAAAAGCAACGUAUCGAAGAACAGCGCAAGACGCUAGGUCCCAAAAAACUAGAAGAGCUGGAAAAAAAAUUAGAAGAGGCCAAACAUUUAAAUGAUGUUCCAGUGCCUCAUGAAAUCAUAGACAAUUUCCCAGUACCAAGUGUUGAGACUAUUCCGUUUAUUAAUGUUAUUACUGGGCGUAAUAAAUCCGAAGGAAGAUUUAACAACGUGGUUCAAGAAUAUCUUGAUAGUGACGUUCCGUCAAAGGAGUUGCCUUACUUUAUUCAAUAUGACCAUGUCGACUCUUCGUUCAUAACGCUCACGGUUUACAUUACCACAACAGCCAUUCCCGCGGAACUUCGUCCCUAUCUCGAAAUAUACAUGGAAUCAUUCUUUAGUCUUCCAUUGAAUAUUGAAACCGAAGGGGGCGAACGUAAACAAUUAUCAUUCGAAGAGGUUGUGUCAGAACUCAACAAGGAUACGGUAUCAUAUUCAUGCUCGUUGGGUUUGGAGGGAUCAUUUAAGGAGAUGAUAUGCCUGAUGGUCAAAGUUGAGGCUAGUAAAUACGAAAAGGGAAUCCGAUGGCUACGUGACUUGUUGUGGAAUACCGAGUUUGCGGCCGAAAGGCUUAAAAUUUGUGCGACAAAGUUGUUUAACGAUAUACCGCAAGCUAAACGCGAUGGUUAUGACAUGUCUUCAACAGUGUUGCGAAUAAUUCAUUAUGACCCUCUCAAAUCGAACAAGUAUGCAUUAUCCGUGCUGAACCAAGAAAAGGUUUUACCCAAUGUUAUUGAAUUGUUGGAUAAAGAUCCUGAAAAAGUGAUCGAAGAAUUUCGCCGGUUCAGAAAUACUUUGAUUUCACCAGAGAAUCUAAGAAUUCACGUGAUUGGUGAUAUCCUAAAAAUUAAACGGCCAAGGAAUAGCUGGAUUGAUGAUUUCAAAAUAGUUUCGGAUAUACAACACUUGUCUCCUAUUCCAUUGGCGCAAAAUGUGUUGACCGAGUUUGGACGUCAGCCCGGCAAUAAGGGGUACAUUGUGGAAUUACCGGCAAUCGAAAGUACUUUUGCUAUUCUCGCGGCUAAAGGCCCAACAACAUAUGACUCCCCAGAUUUGGCACCUCUCCUAGUGUUAUGCGAAUUAUUACAAACAAUGGAGGGACUAUUCUGGAAAUUGAUUCGUGGGCAAGGACUGGCUUACAGCGUUGGGCUAAGAGUCACAGUUGAAUCAGGUCAUAUACUCCUCACUAUAUACCGCUCACCGGAUGCUUUUAAAGCCUUUGAUCAGGCAAGGCAGGCUGUUCAAGAUUUAGCCGAACGAAAGAUUGAAUUCGACAAAUCGGGAUUUGAUGGAGCUAAAUGUGGAGUUAUCUAUAGUCUUGUUAAGAACGAAGGUAGUAAACAAAAAACGGCAAGGGAAUCGUUUGUAUUGCAAGUUUUGAAAAACAUGGAUGCUUCUUAUAAUAGGAAAUUGAUUUCAUUAGUUCAAGGCGUGAAAAUUGAAGAUCUUCACGCAAUGUUGUCAAAGUACGUGACUAAAUUAUUCUUACCGGAAUCUUCUAACGUUGUGAUCGUUUCCGCUGUUGGUAAAGUUGAG